GAAUUUCAUUUUAAGUGGCGAUGAGGUAAAAUUUUCAAUGUAAAGGGAAUCGAAGAAUAUGACAUCGUGAAUUGUGGCACCAAAUUUACAAAAAUGUACCCUAUCAAGCUUCAAUGCCAAAAAAGAUCGUUGGAAUAGUUUUUCGUAAUUCGCUUUAGUAAUUAGGCGAGCAAAGCGAAUGAUAGUCAUGCUUCCUUUGUCUCGUGAUAAGUUUUGUUAUCAGUGACCCCCUGGGAUACUCAUGACCCCCACCGGCACGGCCUCGUAUAAAAGCGAUAAAUAUGCCAUAGUCAAACCAGUCUGGUUAUUGUGAGUGUAGUAUAUGCUGUGCGAUUGUGCAUAAGUGUUGUUUUCAUUCAAAUAAGUGUGCUUCAAUUUUUUAUCAAUCUGGCUGCUGGGAGAGGAAUGCUGAGAACCACUAAAGACUGUCUUGGACUACGUGUUCGUUACUUGAAUUCAUUGCAUCAAACUUGGAAGUGGUUGCAUCAAACUAUCACUCUUCACGAAUAUCUCAUUUCAUUAACCUCCUCUUCAAAAAACGCCUGUAAAACAAACUUCCUGACGCAUUGA